AUGAGUGCAAAGAGCAAAUUAAUACUUCAACUAGCACUCAACCAGGAAAUCAACGAAUACAAUAAUUUCAGUGAUGAUGAUGAUGAUGAAGAUAGCUUGACUUACGCUACAUUAACCCCGGUACCAAUACCUGACACAUACAGCCGUAAUGUCAGUAAUUCAACAGAUAGUUCUGAUUAUUUAAGAGUAACUAACCCAAAUAGCAGCCAGGAGGAAAUUCCCGACAAAUCCUCCAUUAUUACUUCAAAGGAACCAUUUUCUAAUGAAAAGCCACUGAAUGAAGGAAUCCCUUAUGCAGAACCAAGUUCAAGUUAUGUGGAGUCUGACACUAGAAUCGAUGUCGAAGACGGGAAUUUUGGAUUUACCGAUAGUGAAGAUAGUUAUGAACCAUCCAGCGAUGAUGGAGAAUCUUCAGAAUCCGAAGAACUCACAAGAGAACCAAGAAGAGAGCGUGAUUUAGAAGUUGCUUCUAAUGGUGGAAAGCCUACUCAAGAAAAUGCUGAAUUGAGAAGGGAGAGUGAUUCAGAUGUAGAUAUUAACGCUGCCGAGCCAGUCCAAGAAAAUGCGACUAAAAAGCUCACUCGGAAAAGAAAGAGAGAUCCAAAUUCAUGGAAGAGAAAUGUGCAGAAAAAUUUAAGAUUGGAAGGAAAACAGUACUAUACACAGAAAGGUAAACUUAAAGGUGCUAAAUCUGUGAAAGAUAUUGUAUCUCGUUGUCAUUAUAAAUGUCAACAAUAUUUUACAAAGAGCUUAAAUGGAAUUUUAUUAUUAUUCCAAAAAAAACGAUGUUAUAGUGAAAACAAUGACAGACGAUCAAAGACUUUUGUUUAUCAUUUAACAUCGAAUCAAGCUCUUCGUCAAGUUUGUCAAAAAAAUUUUCUCGCCACUCUGAACAUUUCUAGCAGGACAGUCAGAACCGCAGUUAGCAAGAGUUCUGAAACAGGCAUAAUUAAACCAGACUUGCGUGGUAAAAAAAGUCCUCCACAGAAAAAUCCUGAAAAUGUGAAAAAUGUUAUCAGAGAACACAUAAAAUCAAUUCCUGUAGUUUCGUCACAUUAUUGUCGAACAACGACAAAAAGAAAUCAUUUGCCCCCCAAUCUUUCCGAAAAACGGUUGUAUGAAGACUACAAACUUUCUUGCGAAGAUAGAGAUGUGGUUCCAGAAAAAUUUAGCAUUACCAGAAAUGUUUUCGUUACUGAAUUUAACCUUGGAUUUCAUCGUCCAAAAAAAGAUCGGUGCGAUUUGUGCACGAAAUUCAGCUCUUUGGAAGAACAAGAAAAGUUUCCACUACAAGAAGAGUACGAUUUACAUCUUAUUAGGAAACAAGAAGCUAGGGACCAUAAAAAAGAUGACAAGGAACGAUCCAAAGUAAAUAAUAGCUUCGCUUCUUAUACAAUGGACAUGGAAAAAGUUCUUGUAACACCAUCCCUCAAUGUCGGUAAAUUAUAUUAUGCGCAGAAGUUAAAGACUUACAACUUUACUGUCUACAACUUGGCAACUUCUGAAGCUACUAAUUAUAUAUGGCAUGAAGGUGUGGGAACGAAAGGAUCCGCAGAAAUUGCAACUUGCUUGUGGCAUGUUCUGCACAAUCUUGAUCCUUUCGUGAAAGACAUUAUUUUUUAUUCUGAUACCGCAUCCGGGCAAAACAGGAAUUGUAUCAAUGCUGCAAUGUUUCUUAAAGCUGUUUCGGAGUUACCGGUAGAAGUUGUGAACCAGAAAUUCAUGGAAUCUGGACAUUCUGAAAUGGAUGCGACAGUGUUGAUUCUAGCAUUGAGACUAGGGGCAAUAAAGUUGAUAUUUUACGCCUGA